AUGUUUCCGCUACGGUUGACAGUCCUGCUGCUCUACUCCUGCUACACGCAUCUCCAUCCGCAUGCUAUACUCGGUGCUCCGUUAACAGUGAGAGAUAUCAGCGAUGAACUACACAAAACUACGAACCAAAUUAUCACGAAAUAUGGAUACCCCUGUGAAACACAUUACAUCACCACAGAAGACGGAUACAUUUUGACAGUCUACCGGAUCCCGAAGAGAAAUCCGCAACCGGAAGGUGUGAAACCGCAGCUUCCUGUACUUUUAGUACAUGGAUUGUUUGGAUCUUCCGCCGAUUGGGUCCUUCUGGGACCAGAAAACGCUCUGAGUUUCCUAUUGUCUGAUAACAAUUAUGAUGUGUGGCUGAUAAACUGUCGUGGUACACGAUAUUCGAUGAACCACACGACCCUAGAUCCAGAAAGUAAACCAACAAUGAGACGUUUCUGGAACUACUCUUGGCAUGAGAUCGGCGUUUACGAUAUACCUGCGACCAUCGACUACAUCCUACCUCUGACCCAAUCCAAGCAGAUCAUCCACGUAGGUCACUCUCAAGGCGCCACCUCUUUUGCAGUGAUGAUGUCCGAAAAGCCGGAGUACAACGAAAAGGUUAUAGUACACAUCGCCUACGCUCCGGCCAUCUUUCUAUGUAACAUCAGGAAUCCACUGCUUAAAUUACCUGCGCUUUCUGAGCGCACCAGAUUGUACACUAAGUUACGAGCCUUAUUGGGGGAUUUCAACGCCGGACCGCAGUUAUACCUCUUGGCCGAGAUAGGAAAGAUCAUUUGCCAAGUCGGUUCGAGCCUCCACGCAGUGUGUAAAAAUAUCGUUUCGUCCCUGUUCGACAUGUCUAUGGGUCAAAUUUUACCAAAUUUGCUGCCCAUUUUGUUGGGACAUUAUCCAGCCGGGGCCUCCACCAAACAGUUGGUGCAUUACAGCCAAAGCAUUAUACACUGUGACUUCAGGAAGUAUCAGGAAGGGCCGGAAUCGUCAUCCAAGUACAAUCUGAGCCACAUACGUGUGCCGAUUUAUGCGUACUCAGGAAAUCUUGACACAAUUCAGGUUACCAAAGAUACCGUUAAAUAUGGUAAAAAGCUGAUUGGAGGCUUCAGAAAAUUAUAUGUGAUACGAAAUUUCGCGCAUAGCGAUUUCGUCUUCGGCAAAGAUGCCAAGAGACUCGUUUAUAACAGCACCAUAAAUAUUCUCAACUCACUGUGA